UCGUUCUGUCAAUAUUGGAUUGACAUUUGUAUUAUGGAAAAAUUAUAAAAACAUGUAAAAUUAUUUAAAUUUUGAAAAAUAAUGUGAGAUACUUAAAAUUCUACCAAAUCAUACCAAACAAAUUAGUUUGAAGGGCAUUAGGCAUUAUUUAAAAUAAAAUGCCUGAUGUGAAGUCAAACAAGGUACUUCACACGAAAUCUUACGCGAGUGUUUACGAUAUACUUGGAGCAUUGUCAUACGGGAAUUUAAUUCGUAACAUGGGCCUCAAUAAGCGUGUAAGGGAUCAUUCUGUAUAUCUUGCUGCAUGCGGAGAAUCUCUAAAAAGAUCUGCAGACGGUGAUUAUCCGGUUUCUAAAAGCACUAAUUAUGUAACUAGUGAGAAGUAUAAUUAUUUAAAUAAUGAGAACAGCGGUAAAACUGUUGUUCCUUCUACAAGUACUAUAUUUUAUGAUUUGGAUGAUAUUGCUAAAAGACACUCGUUUCAUUGCCUAACCGAGUUCAGUGUAUCAAAUCCAAAUUUUAUGAAGGUAAUGAAAAUGUCUCAACCCUGCAACUUGUUUGGUGAAAAGUCAAAUAUUGUGCAGGAGUGUGCUACUCAAAUACAUCCAAAACUGUUUCCACGAGACAGUAUUGAACUUAAUUCAAAGAAAGUAAAGAAAAAGUUCUCGAAACUUUCCUCUGAAAUAUUUCUGAGAGACGAUGAUUAUCUACGCGAUUAUCAAAAACUUAAUCAUUAUUACAAAGAUACAUAUGACAAACAGCAAAAAUUUUGGUCAUACGCAAAGUAUCGUACAGAGUACACGAAGCCUAUUCCAGAAGAGAAAAAAUGCAAGAAGAAAGAACACGGAAAACGCACAGAAGAUCCAUGUCCGUGUCAAUUAUUUUCCUAUGCUUGUCCUUGUACCGAUAAAAAAUCACUUACAGAGUCGGUAAAAAAUAGUAAAUCCUUAACAGGCGUUGACCAAGUAACGAGUACAUUUAAAAUAGUGCCCGAAGAAAACGAAAAAAAGAAAGAGAAGAUAUUUAAUAAAUUAAGAAAGCUUAAACAAGAUACUAAUAAAGAGGACAAGCCUACGAAUACGAGUACCGUAGAAAUGAUCGAAGUUUUAGUUCCUAAUAAAAAAAAUGAUCCGUCAAUACAGAUAGCAAAUAAAAAAGACGUACCAGUUUUGAGUGAAAAAAACAAUAAUGGUAAAAAUUUAAAAAACAAAUCUAAGGGUCGUAGAAAGUCACGAAGAGUUUUAUGUCCAAAUUGUAAAGAAAAAGUUGAUGUCGUUAUUAGUAUUAGUACUACAGAAGAAGAAGAAAGCUUGAAAUAUGAACACUCUUCGAUGUUUCGCAGCAAGGAAAUACCGUCAACCACUGCUUAUGCGUAUCGAGCUUCACCAAACGGCGAAAGAAGUAAAACUAUGGAUGAUGGGGAUUUAUGUUUACAUGAUCCGCGAUGUGAACUAUUGCCCGUAUGCCAAAUUCUACCAACUGAUAAUUUCUGCAAUGCUAAUCAGAAAUGCGUUAACAAACAUUGUGUUCCAAAACCAACGCCUCGAAUUAUAAGAAUAACUAAAGCAUGCAGGCAUCAUCCACCUUGCACCGUUGUGCCUUCUUGUCAAAGAGCAAAUGUUUUAAAAAACAACUGUGAAUAUAUACCUCCCUGUUUGCACCGCCCUCGUUGUGUUAAUCUACCUUUGUGUGUGCCAUUUUCAAAAAGUCUACAUUACGAGGAAAUUAAUAAGGUAAUCGAUGAAAGGGACAACGCCGACUGCCCGCAUAUUCCAAAAUGCAAAUAUAUCCCCAUGUGUCAACACGACUCAUUGUCAAAUACAAUGGAUCAACAAGUUAACAUGGUUUCUCGGGUGCCGAAUGGGUGCGAGUUUCUGAACGAUUAUCGUCCUACCUUUUUAUUAAAUCCAAAAUCGACCUGUGUGGCUAAUACAUUUUCUCCAUGCGAAUUAUCUCCUAGUCCAUGUUAUAUGGAUCAGUUUAGAUGUAGACCCGAUAAGUCAUGCCAAUUUGAUAGCACUCAAUGCAAAUGUACUAAUGAGGUUAAAGAAAAUCCGAGCGAAGAAACUGUAAUAUUUAUCAGGGAUGUCGGUUGUCAAUUUAGAAAUAAAAAUUAUUCGCCUAAAGAAUCCAUGAUACAUUCUAAAGUAUCAAGUAACUCUUUUGAUUUUGUUGAUGUCAAAAUAGGCAACCUGGAUAACUACUACACCAACGUUCACACAUUGAGAUAUGAAGAUAAGUUUACUAAUCCUCGAUCUGGGGGAGAACAUUCAUUUUCAACUGUUUCCAUAACUUCGUUAGAACUUGAUUCAGAAUGUCCAUCGCAUGGCCGACGUGCUAGCCAAAAUCCGGGGAGACAUAGAACAGCAACUGGCUUUGUGCCCAAAUCAGCUUACGUCACAGCCUUCUCAACACAUACUGAGCCUUCGUCAGAUAAGUACGAAUACAAAAAUAUGGAAGCUUUUCCAGUUAAAUCUCGCAGAAGUUUUCUGAAAGGAAGAUAUAGAAAAAUGUUUAACGUGAAACGAAGAAGGAAGUCUAGGUUGAGUAACCCUUUGCUGAUUUCUUGUUCGAAAAAGUCCGUGUAUGAACCGAAUAUAUUGUAGACGUUUUUUUUUCAGUUUUGUAUUGUGUAUACAUAUAUUUGUGUGCCUGGAAAUAAAUAUUUCUUUAUUUUAA